AUGCAGGACACGCUCGACGAUAUCCAACAACUUGUCGGUCGCCAUGACGGCCUCCAAGAUCUCAUCCACGUCAUCGCAGAAGCCGACGGUUCUCCAGCGCCCACCAUGGACCUCAUCAAGUCGAACUUGGGCCUAGCACGAGACUUCAUCGAGGAGUUUGGGAAAGCUACCGAGCUGUACAACAUCGCAGUAUGUCGCAUUAUCGGACCUGCCAUGUACACGACACUGCCACGUGAAAUCCGCGAUAUGGUCUACGAGUACCUGACCCCACACCAACUCGAUAUCACCCUUCGGCCUUGCUAUCCUUGCGCAGAAUCAGAUCUACUGCACGUAGUCGACCACGUAAAUCCCAAGUAUUUCGAUUACGAUCUAUACUUUGCGCCACAACCUCGCUCACAGGACGACUGGCUUUGCCCUGAACGUUAUUGGCGAGACAACAUCAUCAGUCCCGGAGUAGCUCAAGAGCUUAUGGAAGCCUGGUAUCGAAAUAGCACCUUCAACAUGUGGGCAGACUGGAUCUGCGAAGGAUGGCCGGCCGAAUGGCUAAACACGUUGCUCAACAACGAUCGUUUUGGGGCCAGGCUGCGACCUCGUGAGAUGAUCACGAAGUUCGCCUUCGAAGUUCAAAUCAGCUAUUGGAGAGGAGAAAUAGACUCACAUUGGCAAAAGAGCCUAAUGGAAGCUCUCGACAGCUUGUUCUCACUCAAGGAAGCGACGCAGAUAGAUCUCAGCGUGAGAUGUGGGUUCGGCGAAGAUCCGAUGGCAGCGUUAAGAGCAUUCCUUGUUCUCACACGUCCUGCCUUUCUACGUCUACGAGAGCUGGGUUAUCGGUGCACGAUCAAAACCGUCAGACGAAAGCCCAACCCUUUUGGUAAAGUUAUUGACGAAUGGGUGCAAGAGCUCGAGACGGAGGUUAAGGGAAAUGACAACGCGUGUCUGAUCGGUGUCUAG